AGCUUUCCCUUCUCUGGCGGUGACGUGUUCCUCAGCCAGAGCACCAAUCAGGGCGGCGCUUGCUUGUGGAGCGGCGCUGGCCUAUGGGAGGCGGCGUUGGUGCGCUGCUGCCGCUGCCGCUGCGGCUUGUCAGGAAGGAGAGGGGAGACAUGAUGACCGGGGCUCCGGGUGAGGAGGAGGCGGAGUGAGAUGCUGUAAACUCCCAGGAUGAUAAACAAUUUUCAGUGAAAGAGAUCCAAGGAUCCCCUUGAAAAUCAACCAAUGCAUUCCAGACAUGAAAGCCACCACCGCACACUGCUGGAUGUAUAAAGCUGAUUUCCUUGUAAUCCAGUGACAGAACAGUGGACGUGGCAAGAAGAUGCUGGGAUCUGAACGUGGGGUAGUGGAAGAAUGGCUCUCGGAAUACAAGGUAUUACCUGAAACGCAACUCUCUGCUUAUGCUGCAACUCUUCAUCGCAAGAAGACUCUAGUGUCUGCUCUCUAUAAAGUCAUUCAAGAUCCAAAUAACGAGCUCCUGGAACCAAUCUGUCACCAGCUGUUUGAGCUGUACCGCAGCUCCGAAGUGCGGCUAAAGAGAUUCACCAUGCAGUUCCUGCCGGAGCUGGUUUCCAUCUACUUGCGUCUCACUGCCAGCCGAGACCGGCAGAGCAACGGCUGCAUAGAAGCUCUUCUUUUGGGCAUUUACAACCUGGAAAUUGCUGACAAAGAUGGAAACAAUAAGGUGUUAUCAUUUACUAUACCGUCGCUGUCCAAGCCUUCGAUAUACCAUGAGCCCUCAUGCUUAGGGUCCAUGGCUCUUACUGAGGGAGCGUUGAGUCAGCACGACCUCAUCAGAGUGGUCUACAGUGAUCUCCACCCACAGAGAGAGACCUUCACAGCGCAGAACAGGUUUGAAGUCCUGAGCUUUCUCAUGUUGUGCUACAACUCUGCUAUUGUGUACAUGCCCCCUUCUUCCUACCAAUCACUAUGCAGAAUGGUCUCUAGAUUGUGUGUCAGCGGCUUUCCCAGGCAACAUGACAAGCGCUGGAAGGAGCUAUGUGGCCGGGUGGUGCUGGAUCCUGGUUUCAUGGUGCAAAUGCUAACUGGUGUUUAUCAUGCUAUAUACAAUGGCGAGUGGGAACUGGGCCAAGAGGUUCUGGGUGACAUCAUCUACCGAGCGCAGCUGGAGCUCUACUCUCAGCCCUUGCUGGUUGCAAACGCCAUGAAAAACUCUUUGCCGUUUGAUGCUCCUGACACGUCGCAGCAAGGGCAGAAGGUACUGAAGGUGGAAGUGACUCCGACGGUCCCUCGUAUCUCUCGUACAGCCAUCACCACCGCAUCUAUACGCAGGCACCGGUGGAGGAGAGAAGAUGGUUUUGACCUCACGAACGACUCGAAUCCGGGCUCGCCGAUCUUGCGCAUCACUCCAAACCUAAGGGAUACUCCUGAGGGGGAUGUUCUUGUGUACCUGAUCCCCGAGACCAUCUCUCCAGAAGCUGUCACAGAGGGACCUGAAGGCACCGUGACUGGAGAGGACUCUGUCAACUUUAAUGAUGCGGAUGAAGGCUUUUCAUCGGGGGCCUCCGUUAGCAGUCAGCCUGUGGGAGCCAAACUACUUUCGUCUACAUCUCAGAGGAGCGGUUCCAGAAAAGGUGGCAGCAUACGGUCCAUCAAAGAGAAAGACGUACCCAGUCCACCCAAACCUAGCGAGAGCCCGGAUGCCACGCCUAGGAAACCACCCCUCCCCACGGCUGUAGAUCCUACACUUGAAGCGAUAGAGCUAUCGCCCCUGAAGAAGCACCUGAGCCUGCCAGCGGGCCACGUGGUGUCUAAAGCGAAUAGUUUAAGUCUGAUCCGAACCUCCAGCACUUCGUCCACUAAAUCCUUUGACUAUGUUAACGGCAGUCAGGCUGCCGGAAGCGGUGGUAUAGGCGGAGUUACCAAUCUUUCUGCUUGCAACACCAACCGGUUUUCAACGAUAAGCUUACAAGAGGACCGGUUAGGCCAAGCGUCAGAUGGCAAAGACCAGCUGUCCGUCGGUGCCCCUUUGACCAAACAGUCCCGAUCCCCAAGUUUCAAUAUGCAGUUAAUCUCCCAAGUGUAGGGUGUACCCCUUACCUCUCAGAACCAGUGCAGCCUUGCACAGGAACAAACAGUUAUCAUAUUUCCAAAAAGUAUCCCAUCCUCCUGAUUUUCCCUAGUUCUAUACAUUAUAGCAAGAGCAAUACAGAUUUCUGCUCCCAACCCAGUCCUUAUACGUGCAUAGCCUUCCUCUUUUCUUCCUCGUUCCCCCCCCCCCUCCCUUUUCAUUUGGGUGAUGUGCAAUUUAGGAACUGUCAGUCCCAUUUCAUCACUGUGAGUCCACGAUUAAUUUCUUUUCAGGAGGAUGAAGAUCUGGUGAAUGUGCUUGCUACGUGACGACUUUCCUCAACCGGAAAUUCACUUGCGAGAGUAGAACGGUCAAUUGCUAGUGCAAAUGUAUUGAUCCGUAAUGAACUUUACAUCUAUAGGUUUAUUGCACCGUUGGGCAAUCCAUGAAUGCUACGCUUCAACGUCUGAUCUUCAUCGGCAGAGACGUCUGUGACCGGACUGCAUUUGUUUUUGGUUACAAACCUCUUAAAAGUUUCAACAACCCAACAUAUUUGUCUUCCCUUCUCCGAUCCCCCCCCCCCCCCCCCCCCCCCCAUGUGAGGGGUAUAUUUCACCCAAGGAUUUAAAUCUGGAGAGAAUAAUCUUUCAAAGAGAUCCUACUAGGGGUCAUUUUUUUAGGAUGAUCCCAUUUCCUACUGGUUCACGCUUGCUGUUGGAUGUCAAGUUCAAUGUCGGGUAAAUGGGGGACUCUGCAGGUUGCCUCUCCUCGUAUCCAGCCGAAGAGUCUUCUCCGCUGCUCCCCUUCGUUCCUUCUCCCCAGUGACUUAAGAUCUACAACCCAUGCACAGAUGUCCUCGUUAGUCCAGCUGGGGCCGGUCACUUCAGGGAGUGUCGCACAGCUUGCUGGAAUUGCUGUCGUACAAUAUGAAAUCAGUGUGUUUUUUUGUUUCCUUGGUGAUUUUCUUAACCACACUGCCUUUGUUAUGGUCAUGCGUUUUGUAAAGCUGUUAUAACGUCCCUAAUCUUACCUGGUCCUGGAAGGGUGAGGGGGUCAGUGGGUUUGCUGAUAAUCGCUGUUUUACUCCCACAACCUCAAAAACCCACUAAAGCAAGCUUAAGCGUUUUAGUCCCCCUUCCGCUGAUCUAGGUGUGAAUGUACUGGGAUGUUACAUGGCAACGUUUUGGAAACGCGGCACUAUCUAUGAGUAUUCUGUGUGGUUAAUAAUAAUAUGUCCGUAUCCGGUAGCUCAGUUUUAUAGGACGCGCCAAUACUAUCCAGCUUGUGUCCCUUGGCUUCUAGAUGUUUACAGGGUGGCUGUCCGAGAGACCGUCCGCCACAUACUGCCCGUUGGUUUUGCCAACUAAGUUCUUGGCCGCUGCAGAUGUUGAAAGGCAAGACUUACUGUUCAGCAGGUUACUUCGGACGAUGUGGUUUGCUGGUCUACCCCGUGUAAGUAAUUAUUGGUUACCAGUACAGCACAGCCACCCGUACUUUAUAGUUGCUGUAAAUGUCCUUAUUUUCAUGUUUGGGCAUCUGUUCUCCGCGGUCUUGAAAGAGCAGAUUGGCAACCGCCCAGCUUGCAGCCCUCUGACAAAUGAAGCUUGGAAGAAUAUGUAGCUGCUAAUUGGCACCCCUGAAUUUCAAUUCAGAUGGGGGCCAGAAUACUGUAUCAACAAGUGGAUGUAAUGCUGGCUGUAAGUCCCUGUGUAUUGGGCUGCUGCUAUGAAUCUGGCAAUAACAGUAAAAAAUAUAUGAAUAUACUGUGCUUUAGCUGUAGACGUCGAAAACAAUGAUUGGUUCAUUUAGAAGUUCUUUUUAUUAUUUGUUAUUUCAGCUAAGCGUCUGGUGCACCCUGUACAGUCUGUGCUGCCAGGUUCUAGGAUGUUUGGUUUACUGUACUUUUUACGCGUUUCGUUUGUGGGUCCAUAUGCUUUAGGCUUUACUCUGUCUUAGUGAGUCCUUCCGGGCGGAUCUCGCAGACUUUGUUCAACUUUAAUGGGUUUUGCGCUGUAAAGAUUCCAUAAGUGACAUCACUCUAGCAGGAUCCCGUGACUCACCUACAUCUAUAACGGAUGCAGGGUGUGGGGUGCACACGAGCCCCUGUGUCGCACAUCCUGCAUCCACAUUAGACCCCACUGUGAGUGCCAAACAGUUGGCCCCUUACCCCAUAUCUGAUGCUGGGGUAUAGUCGGGAAGUUGGUGCCAGACUGGGAGACCCGAAAACCCAGUCCAGCAGGUAUAGGGGGUGGGUUCUGUACAGGGUCUCUGCAUACAGCCAGUCCCCGGCCUGCAGCAGUGCUCAGCCUUGCCCAUAGUAAUGUGGUCUGGAAAACCCCUUUAAUGGCACAACAGGAAAGUUGAUGCUACAUAAGGUCUGGUUGAGCUGAAAGGAAGCAAUUGCCUUGUAAAGGUCAACUUUGAAUUAUAUCCAUUAUUUAAAUACCAUUUCUGUAAAAUAAGCAAACAUAUAUAUUUUUCUAAGUAUAAUUGCAAAUGAUAACGCCCUUAAAUUAUAAUGUAUUACAUUAACGUGCUGUAAUGGAACGCAUGCAGGCUUAGUGUUCUGUACUGUAUAGUAGCUUUAGAAAUGUGAAAUCACAGAAAUUGCUUGAAUAUGAUCUAGUUUCUGUAAACGUGCGAUCAGAACCCCCUGGGCGACCCCUGGGCUCUCCCAGCCACAGAAACGCUGGGUACUGAGGACGGCCGGUGCUCGCAAAGAUUACGGAAUAUUUGUAUCGCCUCCCCAAAGCGACUGUACACAGUAGUUAUUUGCACACAGCUUUUUGCCAUCAAAUGGACUGUACGUCCGAUCGUAUGUAUAUUGUGAAAAUGCGGCCUGGGUCCAGUUAUUUUUAUAUCGGUGAAGAUGGAAAUGCGUUUAUAUUUUUUAGAUACAGUUGAGCGAUUUGUGUCCCCAGAUCUCGGUCCAUACAGGCUGGGGCGCAGCUUAACAAGCACAGUACUUGGCCCAUAUGACGUUUCACUGUGGUUACACAAAUUACUCUAUUAUACCGUCUCCAUCGCAGCGCACUCCUAAUGCUGCAGAGGAUUCUGGGAGAGGGUGCUGCAGCACAGUUUUCCUGAUAUGGUGGCAAGUGCCGAGAACUUGGUUGUUCAGUAUUUGGAUUCUUUAUUUAAAGUCACCUUUGAUCUUAUUAUUAUGACUUAGGAUGGAAUCUUAUGAGAUGUACACAAAGCUGUUAGACCUCCCAGGUGAGAAAUGGUUGCUGGGAUUACAGAACUUGGGUUUAAAGGUAACUUCACAAAGCCACAAUGCGUUCCUAGUGGAAGAAAUACACGUGUAUUAUUGUGCUGGCUUUGCUCACACUUUUGUACAUUUACAUUAUUUAUUGUAGUCUCCUUGUGUCUCUUGUGAGGUAUAUAGCGGUUUCAUUACAAAGGUUUUUAUUUCUGCAGAAUAUUGCAUACCAGGUCUUGAUUGUUAACCGUUUACGGUCUAUAGAUUUAAAACAUAGGGCAGUUUGUGUUCAAAUGUCACAAUCAGGGCUGCCAUCCGAAUUUGUGGGGCCCAGUACAAAUGGCAAAAAGGCAGGGCCCUCCACCUCCUCUGUUCCUUCCACCAAAUGCAGGAAAGGCGAGAGCAGAAACUUAGAUGUGGGGAGGGAGCAAAGGCACAGAUGCGGGGAGGGAGCAGAGGCACAGAUGCUGGGAGGGAGCAGAGGCACAGAUGCGGUGAGGUUGCAGGGACACAGAUGCGGGGUGAGGGGGCAGGGACACAG